AUGGAUCAGAGAGCUUCAGAUGCAUUGGGUGUACUUGAGAAGUAUAUAAAUGAUAAACAAAAGGAUGUUAGUGCAGCUAUAACAGCAUCAAAGUACAUAAAGAAUACAAUCAUUGGCAAUCUAAAGAAUAAGAGACAAUUCAUUGAAUCGGGUGCUGUUGAGAUAUUCGUUAAGCUGUUGGAGAUUGAAAAGGAUGAGACAUUGUUGAUACAGAUAACAAGUAUUAUUGGUAGCUUUGCAUGUCGCUUGGACCAAGGUGCAUAUAAAGUGUAUGAUUCAAAUGCAGUACCAUUGUUGGUGGCAUUGUUGUCACAUUCAAAUCCAAAGUUGGUAGAGUCUACAGCGAGAUCACUCAAGAUUCUACUCUCUUAUCAUUAUCCAACUACAUAUAUCUUUGGCGACGAAGGUAUCAAAUUAUUGGUAUCACUCUGUCAACGACCACUUGAGUCCAUCAACGAGAUUGCCGCCACAAUAUUGGCUGGAGGAUGCGAGUUCUUAUUGGCACGUAGUCAAUCAUCUGAUUCCAAUAACAACAAUAACAACAACAACAAUAGUGACGACUCAUCAUCAAUGGACACAACAUCAUCAUCAUCGUCAUCAUCAACAACAUGUACAUUAACAUUGAGUCAAUAUCAAAACAAGGUACAUCAGUAUGGUGGAGUGGACUCUAUUGUCUCGAUACUGUUGGCAUCCAAGUCCAAGGUUCAAGAGACAUGUCUACACGCACUGGAACUAUUCACUCGUGACAACACAGACAUCUCAUCGUUCAUUGUUAAGCGAUCACCCGACAAUGCCGAGCUGAAAGCCAUCAUUCAACUCUCCCGUGACAACUCCCCCAAGACCAAGUUGUUGGCUGCAUCAUGCAUCUGUAACUUGUACAAAUGUAAAGUAUUGCCAGAAUCUUAUGAACAGAUCAUUGGAAAGAUAUUACCGACGAUUGUGAGAUUGAUGUCCCAGGAGGAUUCGAUAAAGGAGGAAGCCCCGGCAUUCAUUGCCAGGGUGAUCAGCGAGAAUGAGGAUCUGCAGCGAGUGGCCAGUGAAUGCGAGUCGAUCAGCACACUGGUAUCAUUCCUCAAGGACACGAGCAGCAGUGAGAGACUACAGGAGAACUCUUUGAAUGCUAUCGCCGUGCUGUGUAGUGAGCGCGACGAGAGCCGCAAGCAGGUCACCGACGCCAAGGUCAUCCCCAACAUAGUCGGCUUCCUUCAGAGCCACAACCAGGCGAUCCGCGCUGCCGCCUGUCGGUGCGCGCGCAGUCUGUCCCGCUCGAUCAAGCAGCUGCGAACAUCUCUCUACGACUCGUUGAUUGCAAAGAUGGUGCUGCGACUGUUGGACGACCCCUCGCUCGAGGUCAGGAUCUCUGCCACGGCCACCGUGUGCAACCUUGUGCUCGACUUUAGUCCGAUGAAGCAGAUGGCCAUCGAGGAAGGAGUAGUGCGCAAGUUGGCCGACUUCACGGCAACCACCGAGGAGCAUCAGCUGCGCUACAACGCUGCGUGGGCACUCAAGAACCUGCUGUUCAAGACAGACAACGCCACAAAGGAGCUGGUGCUCAAGGAGCUGACAUACGAGCGUCUGGUCGAGCUGCUCACCGACUCCAAGUCACAGAUCGUCAUACAGGCGCUGCAGAUCGUUCGUAAUCUCGCCUACCAAGACACUACCGACCUGAUAAGCAAGGAUAACAAGGGCACACAGCUCAUUGGCAUCCUCGAAGGAUGUCUCAACAGUGAUGUAAUCGAGGUGCUCAAACAGGCACUCUUCUGCAUCUGUAACAUAGCCAGCAACAAUGAGAAGCACAAGGAGACCAUCAUGGACAGCCAGAUAGUGUUUAAGCUUGGUGACUUCCUUACACACACGAACCCUGAGAUAAGGAUGGCGGCAACGUGGUGUAUAUGUAAUCUAUUGUUGGAAGGUGGUGGACAGAUGUCAAGGAUCAACAGGAUGAAGGAGUUGGGAUAUGACGAGAGGAUGAACAUGAUGUUGACAUGGGAUAGGAAUGAGGAGGUCAAGACAAGAGCCAAAGAAGCAUUGCGACUGUUUAGCAAGACCCCAACUCAAUACAAGUAG